AUGUCAUUAAAUGAUUAUACUUCAAUAGAAACAAAAAUGAAAAAAAUUUUUAAAAAAUUAAAAAAAAUCAAACAAUUAAAAGGAAUAUAUUAUUCACUAAAUAAAUUAAAUAAAAAAACAAAAAAUAAAUUAAUCAAAAAACAUUUUUUAUUUAAAGAAGGGGACAGAUUUUUAAAUGAAGCCAAAGCUACAAAUUAUUGGCCUGUUGGAAGAGGAAUUUAUUUGAAUUUAAAAAAAACUUUUUUGGUUUGGGUAAAUGAAGAAGACCAUUUACGCUUAAUUUCUAUGGAAAAAGGUGGAAAUGUUGGAAAAGUUUUUAAAAGAUUAAUUUUGGGAGUCAAAAUGAUUGAAGAAAAGGUAGUGUAAGGUG